UUACUUCUUGCCAGCCAGAAGCCACUGAGGUGCCCGCCCCUCCGGGCAUGCUCAGUGCUCUGGUCAGGCUUUGACCACCGGACAGGCAGUAAUCUACCAGCCCAGGGAGUCCCCAGUGCCCGGGUCCCUUUAAAUCGGGCUGGCCGGUUGCCAGGCAACGGUGCGGCCCGAGCUGCACUGCAGAGGCUCUUCCCGGAGCCGGCCGGGCCAAGUCGCUGUGGACAGAGCCUAAGGAGGGGCUGCCGCCUGCCAGCGGCGGCGGACUUCAGGGAAGAGAAGACAGAGCUCCCAAGACCGUACCCGCACUUCCAGUUCAAGCUGGAGAAGAACACAGUAUAAGACCUUUGGCUCAGGAAGGGAACUGGAAGAGGAGCCUAAAGAAAUGGAUACUCAAGGAAAACCGUGGAAGGAAAAGACGUUUGUGCCUCUGGUUAAUGCAAAGGAUGUUCUAGAAGAGGCUUCCCAGGCUAAAACUUCCUCUGAACACACAGCUGUAGGUAAGAUCAAGAAAGUGGAAGGGAUUUAUAAUGUCUCCAGUAGAAAGUUUCAAGAAGAAGAUGAAUUUAAGGGGAAAGAAUACAUUUCCCAGCUAAAUCAAAGAGAACAAGAAUCAAAUUUAAGAGACAGAGGGAUUAACAUGUCAAAGAAUGUAGCAGUCACAAAUUCUGCCUCCUGUGAAUCACUUAAUGUGGAUGUUGUGAGCAAAGAAAGUUUUAACGGAAUCGGACAACCAUCUGCCUGGUACGAAAAAGAAUUCCCAACUGUAUCACAACAAGAUACAGAGAAGAAACUGACCGAACAAAUGUCCCCAAAACUUAGCCUGAGCCUUUUGAAUGAAGAACUGGAGGAAGUCAAUAAGAAAUACAGAGAAAUAGAAGAAGAAUUUGAUAAGACCGAAAAAGAAUUUUUGGACUCCAAAAAAGAAGGCUCUACAAAAUCCCUAAAUUUUGAAGAAACAGAGACUGAUGAUUUGAAAAUGGCCUGGGAACUUCAAGCCUUAAGAAAUGACCUGCAUGAAAAAGCAAUAGAUGCUGAAAACUUAACUGAAGAACUCAAAGAAGCCAAAGAGGCCAUCUACAAAUUGGACCUAGAGAACCGAGAUUUAAAAAAGAAAGUUCAGAAGCUAAAGCGUCAAACCGAACUCCGAAAGGCACUCCUGAAAGAAGAAAUGAAAUUGUGCUAUGAAGUCGAGGUGGAAAAGAUUCGUGGUGAGUUAAAUGCCAUCAAGAAUGAAGUGACAGCUGAGAAAACCCUGCAGGCAAGAAACAACAGAGCCCUGGAGUUGCUCCGAAAACACUGUGCUUCGGUGGUCGGUUCAUCAAGUACCUUUGAUGACUUUUCUGAGGAGCUCUAAAUUGAAUAAAGCCUUUCAUCAGGCAAGUUACUGAGCCAAA